CCCGCUCCCCGCGCCCCGCGCCCCACGCCCGGUUCCCCGGCCCAGGCUCCCUUCGCGGCUCGUGGCGCGGCCAUGAGGCUGCGGGGACGCGGUCCCCGGGCCGCCCCCGCCUCCAGCGCGGGGGCCGGCGACGCGCGGCUGCUGGCGCCCCCGGGGCGGAACCCCUUCGUGCACGAGCUGCGCCUCAGCGCCCUGCGGAAGGCCCAGGUCGCCCUCAUGACGCUGACGCUCUUCCCCAUCCGGUUGCUGGUCGCCGCCUUCAUGAUGCUGCUUGCCUGGCCCUUCGCACUCCUGGCUUCAUUGGGAUCCGCCGAGCAGGAGCCCGAGCAGCCCCUGGCCUUGUGGAGGAAGGUCGUGGACUUCCUGCUCAGGGCCAUCAUGCGCACCAUGUGGUUCGCCGGCGGCUUCCACCGGGUGGUCGUGAAGGGGCGGCAGGCCCUGCCCACCGAGGCAGCCAUCCUCACCGUGGCACCACACUCCUCCUACUUCGAUGCCAUCCCCAUCACCAUGACGAUGUCCUCCAUCGUGAUGAAGGCAGAGAGCAGAGACAUCCCGAUAUGGGGAACUCUGAUAAAGUACAUCAAGCCAGUGUUCGUGUCCCGAUCAGACCAGGAUUCCCGCAGGAAGACCGUGGAAGAGAUCAAGAGACGGGCGCAGUUGAAUAGAAAGUGGCCGCAGAUAAUGAUUUUCCCAGAGGGCACUUGCACCAAUAGGACCUGCCUGAUUACCUUCAAGCCUGGAGCCUUUAUUCCAGGAGUCCCUGUCCAGCCUGUGGUCUUGCGGUACCCAAAUAAACUGGACACUAUCACGUGGACGUGGCAAGGCCCUGGAGCGUUGGAAAUCCUGUGGCUCACGCUGUGUCAGUUUCACAAUCAAGUGGAAAUUGAGUUCCUUCCUGUGUACAGCCCGUCUGCGGAGGAGAAGAAGGACCCCGCCCUGUACGCCAGCAACGUGCGGCGUGUCAUGGCCGAGGCCCUGGGCGUUCCCGUGACCGACUACACGUACGAGGACUGCCAGCUGGCCCUGGCAGAAGGACAGCUUCGCCUCCCCGCGGACACCUGCCUUCUGGAGUUUGCCAGGCUGGUGAGGGGCCUGGGCCUAAAACCAGAAAAACUUGAAAAAGAUCUGGAUAAAUAUGCAGAAAGCGCGAAGAUGAAGAGGGGGGAGAAGAUCGGUCUCACGGAGUUUGCAGCCUUCCUGGAGGUCCCCAUUUCGGACACGCUGGAGGACAUGUUUUCCCUGUUUGACGAGAGCGGAGCUGGCGAGAUGGACCUGCGGGAGUACGUGGUCGCCUUGUCUGUUGUCUGCCGGCCGUCCCAGACCCUGGACACCAUCCAGCUGGCCUUCAAGAUGUACGGGUCACCGGAGGAUGGCAGCAUAGACGAGGACACCCUGUCCAGCAUCCUCAAGACCGCCUUAGGGGUGGCGGAACUGGCCGUGACCGACCUUUUCCGGGCCAUUGACCAGGAGGAGAAGGAGAAGAUCACGUUUGCCGACUUCAACAGGCUUGCAGAAAUGCACCCCGGCUUUGCAGAGGAGUAUCUGUACCCCGACCAGACGUGUUCUGAGAGCCGUGCACAGCCUCCCCCGGCUCCAACCCCCAACGGCUUCUGUGUUGACUUCAGCCCUGAAAACUCAGACGUUGGGAAGAAGCCUGUUCGUAAGAAACUGGACUAGGAUGGAAGGUUCUGGAGAGACGAGGCCUCUCCCUCCCCAGCUCUGAGGCCAUGCCGCCUCCACAUGGCGCCAGCCCAUCUGCUGUGACAGCCCCCGGGUUCCACUCCCCCACAGACAUUUGCUGUCCUCAGGCCCGUGUUCUGGGAGACCCGAGGGUGGUUCUGACCCUGUUUGUUUGCAAAGAGCCCGGCGUGUGGCAGUGCCUGGCAGAGCGGUGGACGGGGAAACACGCGCUCACCCACCCUGGGCUCCUGCACGCGGCUCUCCCUUUGGGCAGCUCUCUCGGGCCGGGGGACAGGGGCUUGUUCUCCCUAGAGGCUCCUGGUUUUCACUGUCCCUCUCAGUCCUUCCUAACCUCCUCAUCGGUCACUCCUGGCAGCACGCACAGCCGCCAGCCCCUGCGCACACGUGAAGUCCUCUCAAAAGAGGACACGCGUCACGCGCCUGAUUCCGGCACAAAGUCUCUGCCGGCCAGUGUGGCGUCAGUGCCCAGGGCCAGCACCUGGUUUUUAAAGUUUCUAUAUUUGUGGGAGCUCAUGCGCAUUUUAUAAACUUCAUUUAGAUACUUCAGGAAACAUUCAACAUUUUUUUAAAAAACAAAAGAAAAUUGUUUUUAUACUUCAUUUUCCUUUGAGGGUCAGAGAAUAUCUUCUCACGGGCCCUUUUUUGGUAGAAUCUGAGGCUGUCUGGGCCUCGACUUAACCUUCUCUCCAGCCUGGCCACCGAGUAGACGCCUCCCCAUCCGGGCGACCCUCUCCCUUCCCGGGUGCUCCUCAAGCCCCCUCUUUAUACCCGUUGCCAGCCUGGUGUUUCUGUUUCCACGUCACGUGAUCCACUUCUCUGUAGCAUAGACCCAGCCAAAGCCUGAGUGUUGGGGAACGGGGCAGCAGGGGGUGCAGACGGGCAUCCCGAUUCUUGGUGGGCGGGUGUGGCUGCAUCGCAGCGAGGAUCCCUCAAGGCUCGGGACAGACACAGCAGGUCCCAGUGGAGGUGGACCGUCGUCCCCUUUGCAUGGGUUCUGGGUAAGAUGGAGGAAGCGGCCGCCCGUGCGUCUGGCUGACCUGCCUUUCUGAAGACAGGAGCCACGUGGGAGGGAACGGUGUGGAGAGCACGGCAGCAGGCUGAGGGUGUCCGGCGACAGCCUUGUGCCAUGGCGACAAGGGUGGCAUCAGCUCCACCACAGGGAAGUCGUCUGUCCACGACCAUGGGGUUCAGGUCCCCUCUCUGAGUCUGAGGUGCUCCAGGCACGGGGAAAGUGACACUGGUCACCUGGUUCAUCUCCUCACGGCACCACUAGACACCUGUCCUUAAAGCACAAUAAUUAUUACCACAGACCCUGGCUUGUUCCCGAAAACCAAGCCUCUGGGUCUGUUUGGGAAAAAAAUUCAUUUUGAAUUUCUAAGAUGAGUUGGAUUUUAUAUUGGUGGCAUCCCUAUGGAAAGUGACCCCAGGGCCAGAAGUACAGGGAAAAUGUGUGCUGACUCCUCGAGGUGUGCGUGAUGUGCGUUUCUGCCCAUAGACAUUGGAAAUGGAGGGACAUUAACUUCUGUGGCUCUGACCCUCUGCCUUGUUCCAACCGCACACUGCCAGCCAGGCCGUGGCGGGGAUGGGCACUGCUGUCGCCUCCAGGGCCCUGGCUCGCCAGACACAAAGGAAUUCCAGUGCAGCCGUGGUAGCCAACAGUAAUUGAUUUUAUAAUUAUAGAUGCAUAAAGGGUCCUUUUUAAAAGAGAAAAACCUACAAAUGACCAAUGAAGGAGGUGAAUAGACUAAGAUAUUCUGAGGGAAGGGGCUGGAAUGGUGGCCUCCGUCCUUCAUGUCUGUGGAUGAAGAGUUUUUUGAAUGAAAUGCUGCUGUGCAUUUUCAGGAAAAAAAUCUCUGAUAAACAGACUUUGAAUGGAUGUUUGUCCCUCCUCAUUCCCUUUCCCUCUUGCAGCAAUGUAGCGCCCAUGGGCAUUCAGAACUGUGAAUGUACAUAGUUUUGAGUUAAAUCCCUUUCUGUGAGAUGAGGACAAGAGGGGCAGGUGCAGCACGGCCCCACCUGCAGGGUCCCGCUGGGCACGUGAUCGAGGGCUGGGCACGUGUGGGAGACCAGGGGUUCUCGAUGGAAUGAAUAAAACGUAAACUUGAGGAUG